ACACAAUCGAUGUCAUUCAUCCAUUGAAAGCAUCCCUCCUGCGCAGUGCGAACUGAAAACGCUCAUGGCCACACCUAGCAAUGAAAGAAUACAGCAAGUCGCUACGAAGCUACUAGAAGAAGCUCGUGCCGAGGGGAAAUUGAGCAAGCUCACUGUACGCAUUGUGCGUGAGAGGCUGGAGGAAAGCCUUGAACUCCUACCCGGGACUUUGGAUGCAAAAGAGUACAAGACGUCUAUCAAGAAGAUAGUCGUCGACUUUCUGGACAAUGUUUCAACACCACCGAAUGAGGCAGACGAUGAAGAGAGCCAGCCGAAACCCCCAAAGAAACGCAAGGGAGGGGCCGACGAAGAGCCUGUCAAACCUCGCAAGGGUGCCUCCAAGCCCAAGCCGUCGCCCGGGAAGAGCAAGAAAGGGAAGCAGGCGCCCAAGUCUUCUACUAUAGUGGACUCUGAAGCGUCUGAAAUGUCUGAAGAUGAAGUUCCAGCUAGGAAGAAACAGGCCAAAGCUCCGAGGAGUAAGGUCGAGCAUGACGACAAGCAUGAAGCGAAACCCUCCAGUUCUAAACGCACUCAAAAGGCAUCAAAAAACAAGAAGUUAACCAGCAGCACUGCUGUGAAGGAACAUAAAUCAGCUUCUAUAGUCGAGUCUUCUGCGGACGAGGCUGAUGCUAAGCGUCCAUCCGAAUCCAUUGUGACGUCUCCUAAGAAGGAAACGCUGUCGCCUAAGAAAUCUCCUAAGAAGGAGAGGCCUCUGUCCAAAGCCAAGUCAUCCACCAGGGAAAAUGCGAAACAUGACGUAGACGAUGAGUUCGAGCACGGAGCGAGUUCUUCCACCUCAAAGCCUCAGGAACUCGUCGUUCUGAAACAUGCACGUCCCCACAGCGAACCUGAGAAUGACACCGAUAUGUCAGUGGUCGUCGAUGAACCCCCAAAGAAAAGAAGGAAGAAACAAGAAAAGGAUUCAAACAAGAAAGCCUCGAAAGAACGUAAGAAGCCACAGAAGAGCAACGCAGGAGGGUCAUCUAAGGAUGAUGAGACUGUCUCUAAACUCAAGGCUAUAGUGGUUGCUUGCGGCGUACGCAAGAUGUGGAAGAAAGAAUUCGCAGAUUUGGACACACCGUCAGGGCAAAUUAAACGACUGAAAGAAAUUCUCAAGGACUUAGGGAUGACGGGUCGUCUCACCUUGGAGAAAGCAAAGACUAUUAAAGCAGAAAGAGAAUUCGCACAGGAACUUAGGGAUGUGCAAGAUUUCGCAGAAGCGGAACGCCGGCGAGAAAAGAGGAAAGAAAAGGGGGCAUCGCAGGAUGAACAGUCUGGAUCAGGAAGUGACGAUGAGGACGAGGAUCCACCAAUCAAAAGGAAGAAAACUGCGGGUGCGAGCAUUCUAGCCUUUUUGGAGGACCAGAGUGACGACGAAUAAUUUGAUGGUUUACUUUUUACAUCUCCUUGAUAUCUCUUGAAUUUCAUAUAAAUUCGCACUGACUUCAUGUUUUGUACUACAUGCUGAGUUGGGCGCUGCACCUAAGUCUUGUUUGCUCGUUAUCUCCCUUUUAUGGCAGUUGUGGCUGGUCUGCACCGACUGUAUGAUUAC